AGUUAAAAUGCUAUAUUCUAUAUUAUCUCACUUAAUUCUAAUCGCUAUAGAAUAGAAACAAUUUUUAUGCUUACAUUUUAACAGAUACAUAUAUAGAGCCCUCCAUUUCCCCGAACCCUGAUAAGUGGCGAGCCGUAUAUUGCACGGCACCCGCGUAGAUGUAGAUAUGUCAGAGCGAACAGUCUUGCACAGAAGACCACAGUGAAUAUCCAUACCUUAUACAACCUAGAGUGGCCCCACGGAGCACAGAGUUAGUAAUAACUUAGGCGGACACUCGCAAAUCCCCCCACGCGGGGACUGGAUAUCCAUGGAUGAGUACCUGGGUUUAAAACACAGGUAACCCGGCCAGUUCACACAUCCUCAAUCAAACAACCACCUCCUACCUUGUACUGUAUUAUUCCUACAACUUCCUUAUCCUUCCCUACACAUACAAGUUUUUAGACAAAGAACCCGUGAAAAUGUCCCUCAGCUACGAUCCGGAGUUUCUCAAGGCUGCGGGCGGGAUCCUGUCGGCCAUGGCAGCUGCCCCAAAGCCGGCGGUGCAUGAGAUCGAGCCUCGACGAAAGGCCAACACCGCCUACUACGCAGCGUCGUUCGAGGCUCUCCCCGAAGCACCGGACGUCGAGCAAACGACUCACCAGUUCCAGUCGUAUGAUGGGCAGACUAUUCCGAUACAUCGCUUUGCGAUCAAGAAGCCUAUCUCUACGGCCCCGGGGCCGGCUAUCCUCCAUACGCACGGAGGGGGCAUGUUCCAGUUCGAUGUUAAUCUGUUUAAAAGGGCGCUCAGUGACCAGGUCCAGCGUACGGGUGUGCAGGUCUUCUCGGUUGAUUACCGGUUAGCACCGGAGAAGCCGUACCCGACGCCGGCCGAGGACUGCUACACGGGACUCAAGUGGUUGUACGAGCAUGCGGACGAGUUCACGGUGGACAAGAGCCGCAUCGCCACGAUGGGCGAAAGCGCCGGCGGGAACCUGGCUGCGGCGCUGGCUUUGAUGGCGCGGGACCGAGGCUUGUCGCCGCCCCUGGCGAAACAGAUACUGAUCUACCCGAUGCUGGACGACCGUACGACGGUGCCGAACCCUGCGCUGGAGCCGCAGGCUCUGUGGAACACCGAGGAUAACAUCACUGGCUGGGCGGCACUCCUGGGUCAAAACUUCGGCACGGACAAUGUCUCGCCGUAUGCAGCGCCCGCGCGUGCCCGGAGCGUGGAAGGUUUACCUCCUACAUAUAUCGAUGUGGGUGAAUUGGAUAUCUUUCGCGAUGAGGAUAUUGCCUAUGCUGCGCGGAUUGCGGCUGCGAAUAUAAGCCUGGAGUUUCAUGUGUAUCCGGGCUUACCGCAUGCUUUUGAGGUAUAUGGUAGUAGUGCGGAGGCGUCGCAGAGGGCGUUUGCGAACCGGUUCAAGGCAAUUUUAGAGGUGUAAGCGACGUAAAGUGAGUAAAUGAAUAAACACAAUGCAAGCCUUGGUGCCAUUGAUCAUUCCGCGGGAGUAAGCAAGGCGUCCCUGUCAUCCUUAAGUAGAAGAGCUGCUCGUCUAGGCUACACGAUACUUUCAUGG